AGUAACCGUGGUUGUGUUGGUGUCUCAGUGAUCGGGAGUACCCCAGGCUGGGUCAGAUGAUCGUGGACUACGAGAAUCCUCUGAAGAAGCUGAUGGAGGAGUUUGUUCCUCACGGGAAGUCUCUGUCGGAUGCGCUGAUCAGUCUUCAGAUGGUUUACCCUCGCAGGAACCUGUCAGCUGAUCAGUGGAGGAACGCCCAGCUGCUGUCUCUGAUCUCCGCUCCGUCAACCAUGCUCAACCCCGCCCAGUCGGACACGAUGCCGUGUGAAUAUCUGUCUCUGGACGCGAUGGAGAAGUGGAUCGUUUUCGGCUUCAUCCUCUGCCACUCGGUGCUGAACACUGACGCCACGGCUCUUUCUCUGUGGAAGCUGGCUCUGCAGAGCUCCACCUGCCUCUGCCUCUUCAGAGACGAGGUGUUCCACAUCCACAAGGCAGCAGAGGACCUGUUCGUCAACAUCAGAGGGUACAACAAACGCAUCAAUGACAUCAGAGAGUGCAAGGAGCAGGCUCUGUCUCAUGCAGGCUCAAUGCACCGAGAGAGGCGUAAAUUCCUCCGAUCGGCACUGAAGGAACUCGCCACUGUGUUAGCCGACCAGCCAGGACUGCUGGGCCCUAAGGCGUUGUUCGUGUUCAUGGCGUUAUCGUUCGCUCGAGACGAGAUCAUCUGGCUUCUGCGACACGCCGACAACAUCCAGAAGAAAAGCACCGACGACUUCAUCGACAAGUACGCAAACACAUGCACAUAA